CUCAUACCCUUUCCCCUCCUCCUAUACUUCCGCCCCGCUGUCCAAUGAAUUCCAGCACUUCACUGAAUUAGAGACUUGGCCUCGAUUCUUCCUUCAACCCACACAACAUAAAAUCAUCCGCUUCUGGAAGGUUGUCGGCAAUUGAGAUUCCGUUUCACUCAAGAUGGCGCGCAGCUACUUGGGUCUCACCGGAGGCAAAUUGCAGAUCGCGAUCAGUCUAAUCGCUGGUUUGGAUUUCCUGCUCUUCGGAUAUGAUCAGGGUGUCACCGGUGGUCUCUUGACGCUAGAUUCGUUCAUCAAAUACUUCCCUACCAUAUCGACCAAUGGACCCUACUAUAAUAGCCUGGAGGGAUCCCAGAAACAUGCUCAGUCGACUCGCCAAGGUAUUGUGGUUGCGGCUUACAACCUGGGAUGCUUUGCGGGUUCGAUCCCGACAAUCUGGAUUGGUAAUUGGCUAGGUCGGCGGAAGACGAUCUUCGUCGGAUCGGCGAUUAUGGUCGUUGGUGCUCUGCUCCAAUGUACCUCGUACGAUCUGGCGCAGUUCAUCGUCGGACGCCUGGUGACUGGCUUCGGGAAUGGUAUGAACACGUCGACGGUGCCUACCUGGCAAUCCGAAUGUUGUAAAUCCAACCACCGUGGCCAGCUCGUCAUGAUCGAAGGCGCCAUGAUCACUUGCGGCAUCACGAUCAGCUACUGGAUUGAUUUUGGCCUUUUGUUCGCCGAUCCCAGCGAAGUGGCGUGGCGGUUCCCUCUCGCCUUCCAGAUCUUUUUCGCCCUGAUCAUUCUGGCCUUCGUUUUGUUCCUCCCCGAGUCACCCCGCUGGCUUAUCUUGAAGGGUCGCGAAGAUGAGGCACGCGAAGUGCUUUACUCCUUGAAUGGCAAGAACGACGUGACCUUCAUUGAGACUGAAUUUGCCGAAAUCAAAGCCACUGUUCUGGAGAUGGCUAAGGGUUCGUUCCGCGAUAUGUUUACGAUGACGGAAGACCGUCACUUCCACCGCGUGGUUCUGGCCUACGUCAACCAAAUGUUCCAGCAAAUAACCGGCAUCAACUUGAUCACUUACUAUUGUUCUAUCGUCCUCGAAAACCAGCUAGGAAUGAGUCUAGAAAUGUCUCGAUUGAUCGCAGCCUGCAACGGAACGGAGUACUUCCUUGCUUCGUGGAUUGCCGUCUUCACCAUCGAGAAGUUCGGCCGUCGGCAGCUGAUGCUGUUCGGUGCGGCAGGCAUGUCCAUCUCCAUGGUCAUUUUAGCCGUCUGUGCCAGUCUUGACACGAACGGGGCCAAAGUGACAGUCGUCGUGUUCUUGUUCAUCUUCAACACUUUCUUCGCCAUCGGUUGGUUGGGCAUGACCUGGUUGUAUCCGGCCGAGGUGGUGCCUCUGAAGAUCCGGGCUCCGGCCAACGCGCUGGCUACGUCGUCCAACUGGAUCUUCAACUUCAUGGUGGUGAUGAUUACCCCGGUGGCAUUCGACAACAUCGGGUACCAAACCUACAUUAUCUUCGCUGUCAUCAACGCGUUCAUCUUCCCCGUGGUCCUCUUCUUCUACCCCGAGACCGCGUGCCGGUCCCUCGAGGAGAUGGACCGCAUCUUCCGCAAGACCAAGAGUAUCUUCCAAGUGGUGAAGGUCGCCAACGAGGAGCCCCACAUGUACGGCCGCCACGGUGAGCUGCUGCGGACGCCAGGCGAUGUGGAGGACGAGGCGGUGCGUCGCACGAGCGUGCUGAACCACUCCGUUAAGGAUGCCGAUGGAGUGAGCGACGAUGUCGCAAGUACCGAGAAAAUCUAGAAGUUGAUCGGUCAUCCGAUCUGCGGAGAUUGCUCUUUGCUUGUUAUGUCCUGUAAAGCGCCUUGACGAGCGCAGGAUGUGAUUUGCUUUUAUGUUAUGUCUGGGCUAUCGACGCCCUAUUGAUGAUUAUUGAUUAUACCCCGUGAUGAACGAUGCUGUGUGAUUAGAUGUGAUGCACUCUAAUGAAGGAUGACUGGG